UACGAAGUUGGAACAAUUGGCCAGCUACCAAGUCUCAAAGACAAAGCUGUGAGUGGCAGACUGAAGACACGAAGGUUCAGUGACGGCAUGUUGUUGAAAUGUGACCUCAAGAUGGCCAACGGGCACGUCCACUGGGCCGACGACAGCAAGAAGGAACUGGUCCGCUGUCGGCCGCGGAAAAAGUACGUCCGGAACCCGAUGCUCAAAACCCACCCUGUCAAGUCCAUUCUAAAAAACUCCUCCGAGGAAAGCUUGUACUGUCAGUAUGAAGAGGAUGGGUCGAGCUCGGAGGACGGUGAGUCUGGCGAACCCCCGGCCUGAGCCCCUCUUGGGUCACACAAGGCUACAGGAACUGUAGGAUCGAUCAUUGCUACCUUAUCGGAAUCUCGCUUCAGCUAUGCCGACAAUGAUUUUUUAGCCAAAUGCAAUCCAACAAACGAACCUGAACAAGAAUUUGUUUGCCUACAAACCUUUUCUUCGUCUUCACCCCCCUGCCGAAUUCGAACGCUGCUCCCUCCCCAAGACCAGACCGCAAGGAGAAGAAGAAUGUGGUCGGUUUUUUCCAACUCCGGUCCUCUGUGAUAAUCAUGACGGAGUUUAGGAGAAAAGAGGAGCAUCUAUGAAGGCCGCGCUCUCUAUCACUUGUCCACACUCAGAGGACUUCAGUGAUGAAUAAUAUGAUCGUCUGUCCAGCCAUCUUGACCACCGAAACAGAUUGCUGAUGACCACAGCUUGAGCUGAUGGUGACCACACCUGAAGCGGUUGGUCUCUGUGUGCGCUAAAACGACGGAGUGUGUACACGGAGGCUUCAGCCUCACCUGCGUGCCGUCUUGCUGAAAAACUAUCGUGGCUUCAUGAGAAUUGGUGGGAUUACCAGAAGAAAUCCUGGAAAUGAAAGAUAUUCUCUGACAUGUGUAUGUGAACGUGUAGUGCGUGUAUAUUUAUUUACUUCGACCCUAAUUCACUAGUAUUAGGAACUAUCGGCACCGGUACCCCAAUCAACAAAAUGCAUCCACUUCAUACACAUUGAAAGUUUCCAUAGUAUACCCCCAUUCUCGGGAGAACAACCACCCGGACCUUUGUGUGAAACGACUUUUCAUGGAUCUCGCGAAAGAGGGAGAGAGGGAGAGAGAGAGA